UUUUGUAUAAAGGAGGCGUGUUCUCUUUUGAUGAAUCUUUAGAAGGGCCCAAUUACAAUUGCAGCAUAUGGGGUCCGACGUGUGAUUCAAUUGACUGCAUUACUAAAAAUGGAUUUCUUCCCGAAUUAUUGCCCGGUGACUGGCUGUAUUUCGAGGAGAUGGGCGCAUAUACUAUUUGCGCUGCCUCUCAGUUUAACGGAUUCAAGAAGAGUGAAGUCCUUUACACUACCACUGAUCCUCAUGUGCUAUCCAUUCUUCACGAAAGUUUUUACCCAAAUCAUGGCUAA